GGGUUUAUAUGAGUUUAAGAAUUUGAAAUUCUGUGGAAUUCGUAGAGUCCACAUCCUCAUGUCUUUGAAGCCAAAAGGGACAGAAAGGAAGCAAGAAAUGGAAGAAGAGAUAACGGUUAAUGGAAAAACUUCAGUCGUUAUAUGGCUAAAAGACACCCCGCCCAGAGUCUGUUCGAAAAAAGAGGACAUCAAAAGUUUCGACGAAACUGAGGAUUGUUUCGUGUUAGAUUUCGACCCACAUGACAAGUUCGACUUCUCCGAGUUUUCCUUGGACCACAAAAAUAGCCACCAAGGUGAUGCCUCUAAAGAUUUCUACAUUGUUGGUGAAAACGGCAAGGUAGCUUGCAGGGAUUACCCGCAUCCAAGAGAUCUGUGUUGUAAAUUUCCGUUUACUACAACACCUCACGAGAGCUAUUGUGAACUGUGUUACUGUCGUGUAUGUGGCAUACGUGCUCCUUGUCAGGAUUGGACCCAAUUUACGUCCCCACACUGUGAUAAAGUUUAUGAGAGGGAUUAUAAAGCAGAGAUUAUUGAAUGGAUAUCUGAACAUGAUGGACAUGAAAGAAAGCCACUAAUACUUGCCAUUUUAUCAUUGGAUUGCAGUGACGCUCUUCAUUUCAAUUUUCCAGUUAAUCAUCAUCAACGAGAUAAGCUUGUGGAUGAGCAGACUGCAACACCUGCUGAGACUGCACCAGAUGCUCAAACGGCUGAGAAUGCACCAACUGCUGAGAAUGCACCAAAUGCUGAAACUGCUGAAAAUUUAAAUUGCUACGGUAGCAUCGAAGUGAGGCACAUGAGGAAUGCGAAGAGCUUCAGAAAAAUUGAUAUUUAUUGCUUAAGCUAUUAG